GCCGCAAAACUCGAUCAGUGUCGGUGCGGUGGUAGCGGCGAUUUCAUCGUCAUCGCGCAUUUUCGCGUAUAUCGGACGAGCAACGUCGACUCGUCGAGACUCUGCGAAUACGUAUCGCGCGCAUCGCUGUGUGCAUGUGAGAGGUGUUGUUUUUAUCGUGCGACACAUACGCGACACUCGGUGCAUCGUGUGGCCUGUGCUCUGUGCAAUGUGUUUACACAUGAAUGGAUUGGCAGCAACGGCGACGAUCGUCGAAAGAGGCCCGGGAAGCGCGUAAAGACGGUGCGUUGCGGUGGUGUCUUAUGCCCCUAGUGCAUAGUGAACAGUGAGGCAGCAGCAGCAUCGUGUGCAUGUAUAAGCAGAGUAGCAGCAACGACUAGCGUGGAUUGCCGCGCGCGGGCCGCAACGCUAUCUCCGUCUCGUUCUCUCUCUCUCUCUCUCUCUCUCUCUUUCUUUCGCUCUUUAGGCUGCACACGCUGCUCUGCCUGCUCGUAUGCACGUACACAUAUGCAUAUGCGGAUACUCAUAGGUGCAGAUGAGAGAUUUUAAUACAGCUGCCACCACAUCGACGAGACACAACAAGGAUAUGAUAUGACACAGAGCUCCGGAACAGCAGCAGCGUCAAUUUUAUCAGCAUCAUCGUCAUCAUCGACCAAUGCCUAGCGUAUAAAAAAAGUACAAUAAAAUAACGAGCACGUAGGAAAAACUGCCAAGCUGCGCGGGCUGCGGCAAAAUCGAUAAUUCUUAGCAUAUUUUGGAGAUCAUCGUACAAAAUACAAAAAUGCCUUCGCUAGCGACGGGGAUGGACCCACAGGACGUUCAGUCGAUCGAAGAACUUACGAUAUGCAGUGUCUGCAAGAUGCAGUACAACGACACCGAUCUCUUACCCAAGUACCUGAGCUGCAAGCAUCACUUUUGCUUGAAGUGCAUCGAGAAGAACCUUCUGAAAGGUACCGAACUCUUCUGCUGCGUCUGCUGGAAGCGCUCUGACAUCGGAGAUCAGGGUCUUAACGAUUUGCCGACGGUGCUCCCGAUAGUUGCACUAACUAAAAGUCUGGCGACUAUCAAGAGCGCGUCGACGAAUCACAUCAAUGCGAACCCGAUCAACGCGAACGCCAUCAACUCGAAUGCUAUCAAUGCGAACCCGAAGACCAAUGAUAAAGAACGAAAGAGCGAAAAUUGCCACGUCCACGGCAUGCCCUACACCGGGUGGUGUGUCCCGUGCGGCGCGUUGCUAUGCCGUGCCUGCGGACAGGAACACCCGACUAAUCACCCGAUCAGCACCCUUAGCGAAGCCAAAGAAAAACUCAUCACCGGCGUACAGAUGGAGUUGGCAGCUCUGAGCAAACUCUCGAAUGAUGUCCAAACAUUUGCCUUGCGACAGCGUGAAUUUCUUCUCAAGGUUCUUGAAGCUUGCAUGACUCUUAAGACCCAUGUGGAGACAGACCUGCAGAACGGAUGGCAACAUUUUCCGGAAAUCUUCGAGAUACGCGAAGCUCUCGGCCGGGCCAAGGCUUCGCUGCAACUGUCGAGCGAGCUGCCCGAUUUCCACGCUUUGCAUACCGACUUGCUUUUCGAAAAGCAGCGACUGCAAAACAAAUGCCAGGAGAUGACUCUGCAGUGCCAGUUGGACGAUUUGAUUGGCCAUUCGAGCAUUGUCUUUGAUUUUCCUUUACUAAAGCAGGCGGUUGAAGGCAUUCACGGAGGCGAACCGCUGCCGAUGUUCUUCGGUCAACCCAGUAACGGUGCUCGUGUACCUCACGUAGCGACCACGAAUCCAAUUCUAUUCCUCGCCAACUACUCCUUGUCGCAGCUGUACUCGAGGCACGUUGCCAGCAAACAGCAGCAGCAACAACAACAACAGCAGCAGCAGCAACAGCAGCAACAACAGCAGCAACAACAGCAGCAGCAACAUAUGCAGCAGCAGCAGCAGAACGGUAUCGCUCCGGAGUAUCACCACGCUAUCGGUCAGCCAGCGGCUCGCUCGCUGCCCGAUUCGACGCCACCCACCAUGGCUAAUCAAGUGGCAGCGCAGGCUCAGCCGAUCCAGCCGCCUCAAACAGUUAUCACACCGGUUCAGCCGCCUAGACAAGUGCACGCUGUUACGGGUGUACAACAACAAGUACAAGCGAUCCAACAACAGCAAAUGCAGCAGCAGCGUCUCGUUCCGUCGCCUGGCUCACCAUCGCUUGGCCACAAGCCUGUGAAUUCUGCUGUUGGCUCGCCUCCGCUGAUGGUCCAAAACAAUGUCAAUACUACCAAUUAUCUUGUGAACGCUACUGAACAGUCAGGACAAAUGGUUCCUGUGAGGCAGCAGGCAGUAUCACCGGCCAACAUCAUUUCUAACCCUGGAAAUGGUUUUCCACUUUAUUAUUUCAACAUCGAAGUCAACGGAGUUGCCAGUGGACGCAUUGUCAUUGAAAUUCGUCCCGACGUCGCGCCGAAAAUGUCCAAGAACUUCAGCGUGCUCUCAAGUAGUGAAAUGUCCGGAUUCACUUAUCGUGGUUGCUCGAUUUUCCAGUGUUGGGAAAAUGAGAGCAUUAUCACAGGUGAUUUCGAGAUGAACAAUGGACGUGGAGGUAGAAGUAUCUUCGAGGAUGGAUUUUUCAUGCCCGAUGACACCAAGUUUCCAGCCAUCAGAGGUGCUGUUGGUAUGCGUCGCACGCAAAAGCGUCAUGAUAAUUUAGGUAUGGUUGGAUCGCAAUUUCGAAUAAUUUUGCAAGAGAUGCGCGGUUUCACCGGCAUCUUUGGUCACGUCGUUGAGGGCCUGGAUCUGGUUGAGUCUCUUUCGACCUUUGGCGAUCAGACUGGUAAACCGACCAAGUCCAUUGUGAUCGCCAAGUGCGGAAAACUAUUGCCAUAGCGCGGGUUCGCUUCAUUACUUAAUCCUCCACGAAACUUUGUCUUUUGUUUUUCAAAUUUUUAUCUCUAUUUAACAUUGUCCAUUACAAUACUUUUCUUAAGCUUCGAUUUUCGUAUGCUAUUAUGGUCAACAAUAUUAUUAUUAUUAAAUAACUGUGAUUAUUUCACCGAUCAUUUAACCAAUGAUUUACAACACUGCUCAAGUUUCGUGCGAGGAUUGAAUGUUCUAUCCUGAAUACGAUAUCACCAGGAACGUCCAAAAUCUUUUUUAUUUCUCUAUAUACGUAUUUUGUGAGGAAUCGUACACCCGGGUCCAUAUUAUCGAGCGCGUGUUUGGAUUCCAGGUUUUUGUAAAACGAAUAUCCAUUUUUUUUAAGAUUACGUGAAACAUAAAUGAAAUCAAUGAUGAAAAAUCUAUUUGAAAAAAUUCUGAUCAUGGGGGCUCAAGAAAAUGUACCUCUGUACAAACGAUAAAAUCAUGCUUUACGAAAAUUAUAGCUACAUUACGAAAAAAGUUUAAAGCAGAACCGAAUGAAAGAUUUUCUAAGCCGUGAAUAUUGUUUAUAUAGUUAAAAACAAACGAUAAAUCGACAGAAGAUAAUAUUUUCCUAAAAAUGUAGUUAAUAAACAAGCUGCUAUAUAUCGAAAAUAUUUAUAUAUAUGUUCUGCAAUGUCCAAUGCAUAUUGUUUACAAACUGCAAACGCGCAUACGUACGUAUAUGAUAUAAAGAAAAUAAUGUAUUUGUAUAAAUUUAAGAUGUAACUCCGAAAAGUUACAAUAUGAAAUAUUUAACGGAUCGUUAUAAAAACGUUGAAUAAUGAUUCAAAAAGCUUUAAUAAAGCACUUCGUAACUGACACGAUAAAUUGUUUUACACUAAAAAACAAAAAUGACAUUAUAAUGAUGCGCCCGUUGACUACAUCAUUGUAAUGUUGUAACGAAGAAAAUCAUCGACAAGAUUUCAUGCUGUAAGAAUUGUUUUAACUCGUGACAAAAAUAUAAAUUAUGAAAAUUAAAAAAUUCUCGAUAUAAUCUGAUUAAAAAUGAAUAUACUUUUCAUGGUUUUGUAUACUAUCAAAAAUUAAGCUUUGAAAAACUUUCGAUAAAAUGAUCAUUAGGUAAAUUGUAGUAAAUAAAAAACUACAAAAAUCAAGCACUUGAAUGCACAUAUGCUUAAAAAUAAACGCAUCAUGAAACUGAAUCACGAAAUAAGAUCAAAACGAAUAAAUGUGACAUAAAGUUAUUUUUCUAGAUAUAUCUGUACAUAUAAAACCAAGUUAGCGAAGCAUUUUUUAAAGUAUCUGGGCUAAAAAGUCAAUAGUUUGCAUUAUAUGUUGUAUCUUGCUAUGAACUGAAAGUUUUUUAUCAAGUGCCAUUAUAAUAUAACACUUUUUUUAAUAGCUGUCAACAUAAAGCUAAAUAAUAUUUACUACAAAUUACCUAUGACCUGAAAGUAAGGAAAGCAUUUAAAUUAACUAAAAUGAAUUUAUUUCAAGAAACUUAAUCAAUUGAAUUACUUGUACUAUGAUUAAAGUUGAAAACGCUCAAAAUUACGAAGGAAAAAAACACACACUUAUACACACAAAUUAACAUAGUAUGUAUUGCGCAUAGAUGUAUGUAUGUAUACGUAUACAUUUACUGGUAUAUAUACGUAUGUAUAAAUUUAAUUUAUAUAUGUAUAUGUAUAUUUUUAGACAAAACUUGUAUUGUUUUUCUGGCCACGGAAUGCAAUCAUUGAUAUACAUGUGGCUCAGCGCAAAGAGUCCAAAAACGAUAAUAGUUGAUAGACGAAAAAAAAUAACGACGAAACAAACUUGUAAUAUAUCCUUCCAGAGACAAAACGCGGAUUGAGAGAUUCAUUACUGAGGGAGAUAUAUAACGUAACUGUAAAAAAAAUGUAAGAAUUGUGAUCACUACGCAGCGAAAUAAUGCGUGAAUUAAGUUAGCCGGUUUAAACGAUUAAACGAAAAUGAUAAACUUAUCCCUCUGCGCAGAAUGUCUCUCUAUUUAGUUUUGCUCUCCAACUUUCGAACGCCUUUUACGAUAAAAAUAAGUCACGUAUUUGUAAAUGAAACGAAAUAAAAUAGUUAUGUAAACACUCGCGAAACAAACUGUUGGAAAAAAAGUUUGGUACCGAUCUCAUCAUGUAGUGAAGUUAUAGAGCGAAAUAAAAAAUAAUGAAAAAAUUGUUAUGUGCAAAAAUGGGCCUAAAACGGUACAGCAAAAUAUUUGUUUGUAAGAAAAAGAAGUAUAUUGUACAAAUGCAAAAAGCAGCAUUUUUUCCUUGCAUCGAGAAAAAUCUAAUGCAGUGUACGAGUUGACACAUAUAUUUAUAUUGUAAUAUUUAUGUACGUACAAGGCCGAUAUAGAUGAUAAAUAAUAUGCGAUAAAACAAAAAAAAUUGUAUUGUUGAAUGUAUUUUCGAAGUGUGCAUGUUUUUAAUUAUGGUGUAUUAAUAAAAACGGUUUAAGUAACAAAAA